GAUGUGUUUCGUUAUUAUCAGCAAAGUAAAUUUUUUUUGGCUUCAAGUUUUUUUUAACUAACAUAUUUGGCUCAUAAUUUUUAUGUGAUUUGGUCAACCCCCUUCUAUUAAACACUAUCAUCAUUUUAAACAACAUUUUUUUUGCUUCUUCUUGUUCCUCCAAAUUGUUUAAACAAUUAAACAAACCGUGAUGUUUCCUGGUGAAAGACUAUUGAAUGAAUUUAUAGAUGAAUAUCCAGGGGAAUUUGUGAGAACUGGAAGUCCCAAUCUAGUGUGCUCGGCUUUACCAACACAUUGGCGUUCUAAUAAAACUUUACCAGUGGCUUUUAAGGUUGUAGCCUUGGGUCAAGUCAACGAUGGAACCAUGGUUACAAUUCGUGCUGGAAAUGAUGAAAAUUUUUGUCCAGAAUUAAGGAAUGCUUCAGCUAUAAUGAAAAACCAAGUAGCCAAAUUUAAUGAUCUCAGGUUUGUCGGGAGAUCUGGUAGAGGCAAGAGUUUUACUUUAACAAUAACUUUAUCAACAAAUCCACCUCAAGUGGCUACUUAUUGUAAAGCCAUUAAAGUUACGGUCGAUGGUCCAAGAGAGCCACGUUCCAAAACAACCAUGUUAAAUUCUUGUUGGGGUUUCCCAGGUCAACAGCAACAGUUCCGUGCAUUUGCAACCGCCUUCAAUGUUCAACAGAGAAGAUUUAUUGACCCACCUACAGAUUGGCGGUUAGGUUUUACUGAAAUACCGAGAGGAAUUCCACCUCCUUGUCAACUGGAUACAUGGUACAAAUGGAUCAAUUACAACAGUUUACCUUCAACAUCAACACCAAACUCAUCAUCUGCCCCACCAUCAUCAUCUUUAAACCUUUUACCAUCAUCUGCAUCAUCAACGUCACCAUCAUCAUCAUCAUCUUCAUCACAAAAAUGGACACAACACGAACACCAUUACGGGCAAUGUAAUUCAGCCUUUGUCUCACCACCAAUGAUUAACGGCCUUGCCGAACGCAAUGAAUCGUGUGAUGUAACAAAUUCAUCUCUUUGGAGACCUUUUUGACCUUAAACUUUGUUUCAUACUCAUAAACCAAAAGCUUACAACAAAAACCUAAAAGAUCUUUUUUUGCAACAUGAUGAACAUAAAAUAAAAUCCAUAUUAUAUUAA